AUUAUCCGUCGCAGAAGUCACAGACUUAUUGUAAUGGCUUCCUGCCCUCAGAAGAUCGAGAAGUGGACUUAAACUCUCGACCAUUAUUGUGUAAAUGGAAUGUCAGGAAGAUACUAUGAAGGAGCCAGCAACGCCAAUAUGUAUUCUUUCCCGAAUGAAGCUGGCAAACCAAGUCAGGUUUCUUCUCCUAAUCCGUCGCGAAGCAAGGUAAAGCGAGAAGGUUUCCAUGAAAGCCACUCGUAUCCUUCGUUGGCCCGGGAAACGCUAAAGCGAAACGCCGAAGAAGGAAACAAACGCGAGGUAAGCUUAACUGUUACCCUGGAGUUAAGUCUUAUUAUUCUACAGUUGUGUGGAAUAAACCUUGUUGCACUUGAAUGACGCUUUCGCUUGUUCCUGGAGCGCUUUUAUAUGCUUUCACGGCUUGUGGACACUCAUUCAAGCGUGUUUACGCGGUAAUUUUUAUAUCUGUCUACGCACUUGUGAGAUAAAAUUUCAUUUCCAACUAAUUUUCCACCUAUUUACCACGAAUCCAGACAUUUUUAAUAAAAUUAAUAAAACUGCCUAUAUUUUUAAUGAACAUAGAAACUCCAUCUUUAUUAAUUAAAUGCAUCGAGCAUUUUUUAUUAACAAAAAUGUCCUCUUGGCUUUCGCUCUGGCGGGCGGCCGGUGAAGUGUUGACGCGCUCGAUUGUUUGAUGACGAUAAAUUUCGACAAGUGCAUUCAUUUGUUCGUUCGAUUGGCGCAUAAUAGGACUUUUAAAACACACAUAAACUUUUAGGUAAGCGACCCUGUUGCUUUCGGAUUACUUUGUAUGAAUUUGCAUAUUGUAUCCAUGUUAUAAUACUUGCUAACGGUUUUAACCUCCAUAGCGACAUAAUACCCGUCAUUCACGUUAUUGAUCAUACUGUUUUUGGCGAUAAGGUUUAAUUUAUUCCUCGCAUUUAAAUGUUAAAACUUUCUAGCUAUUUCUCCAAGGGUUUGUUAUUUCUAAAUGACUCAAAGAAGAAACAAGUGCAGUAUAGCUUUCCUAUAUUAAAGUACUUCCUUAAAAACUUGAGGAAAAUUAUGGCUUACAAUAUUAAAAACAAGCCAGCCGUUUGCAAAAAAAAAAACGCGGCAAAAUGCUGUUAGAGUAACAGGAUAAUGUUGUGUUAGAAGUUGAAAGUUAGAAGUUUCAGUCAGAUUUCUGUUGAUUACUUACAUCAUUGUUACAUUAAUGUCUUUACAUAAUGGGCUUAGGGGUGCUGGUAUGUGAAUAAGUUGUAAAUGCACCACAGUUAAUUGGAUUUAGGGAUUUUCUUCCGCCAAACUCAGACUUCAUAGUCAGGAAUACACAGGAUCAAAGCUAAAAGGACACCUUGUAACUGUCAAAACUGUGAAAUACAUUGAGCUAUCUUAUUAGAUUGCCCACCAGGCCCUGGCGGUGGAAGGGGGUACUUCUUUAUAUAAGCUAUAUAGGUAUGUGCCACCUCAUCGGGUAGAGUUUUUGUGCCUUUUUAGUCCGAAAACGGGUAUAUAUUUUGCCCAUUUUGGUCUGGAAUCGGGUAUGCUUUUCGAGGGAACUAUGGGAGUGUAUGAACGUAUUUAUAGUUUCAAUUCCAAAUGAGUAGGAAAGAAAAAGAAAUAUGCAAAUUCUAAAUGGAUUUGAAGAAUUUUUUUGUUUUCACUCUAAUCUUAGUAAUAAUGACAUAAUUUCUGCUUAAAGGCUAGGUCUGAAAAUGGGUAUGGAUUUUAGAGGUCUGGUCUGAAAAUGGGCGUGGAAAAUGACAUUUUUUGGUCUGAAAAAGGGUCAGGAUUUGAAGAACCGAGCGGCACACCCCUGCCAAGAAUUCCCAGGAGUACCCACCCAGGGCCAUCAGGGCCACCAGGGCCAAGUUGUUAAAGCCCAGUUAGUGGGUCUUUUAAAAAACAGGUCAUAGGAUUUUUAUGGUAAAUAAUCUUGGAUGUGUACCAUUCCUCUUUCUAAAAACGUUGCCCAGGUUAGGGAUGCAGCUGAGGAAAAGCUAAGCAGGCAUUUUUACUUAACUGCACCUUCAAAAUGUUUUCCAGAACAAUUUGAGCCGGGGUAAGCUAUUUCAGCCAGUGAAAUUAGCCAGCAGCCCGCCAGCUCUUAGUGACAUCCCUGCCAGGUUUCCCCUUUAUAGAUAUUCCAUGAAAAUGACUGAACAAUGACAGAGAACUUAAGUUGUCUUUUUGAGAGACUGGUGACCUUCGUACAAAGGCGUCUGGUUGCCAGCCUAAGAGCCCUUUCCAUUUGUUAGAACUGACUGGCCAGAUGGGUCAAGUUGUAAAGAGAAUUUCUCCUUCAUAACUAUCUAGCCAGAUCAGUCUUUUUAUAAAAUGGUAUGCCCGAAAGUGGUGAAAAAGAAAAGACUAAUUUUUCAUUUUCAAAAUGACUGGUCCAGCCAGCCAGUUCUGACUUUUGGUAUUAAACCCCUAAGAUUGAGAUGGCUAUUAAAAUACAUGUGUGUACUACUAUUUUAACAGCUGAUCUAAGAAUGUCAGUAAGAGUUGUCCUCUGCUAUAAUUUUACUUGGCUCCCAGGGAGUGGGGAUCUCCUGAUUUCAAGUGCUAGGGAUGAUUGAAUGGGGGGCAAAAAUCAAAACCCAAAGACAUCCCAAGGGGUUCCAACAAAACCCAAAAAAUUCGUGGACCAAAAAAAAAAUCCCGUGCUGAAUUUCCGAGCCUUUAAAAUUUCCAGAAAGCAUUAAAUAGCAUAUUGUACUUAGUUAUUUGGUUAUACUUUGUUCACGAAACUACGUGACUGUGAUACGUUAAGGCACUACCAUGAAUCUUCAGAUUGUUUUCAAUACCCCAAAAAAUCCCUAUGUAAAUCAAGACACCCAAAAAAUACUCUUGCGCAAUUCUCCUACCCAAAACAUCCCGGAAUCGAACAAUUUCAAACCCGAAAAAAUCUUUUGAUCAUCCCCACCACUUGGGCCAUGGUUGCAAUAAUAAAUAUUAUUGUGGUAAAAGUGCAGAUUUAUACUAAAAAAGCCACAAUCCUGUUGUGUUCCUGUUAAAUCUUCAGCUGAAUUUGAACAAGUGAACAUGAAAAUAAGCCGUAAAAAUGCUCUUGAACCUCCAUAGGCAACUAGCUCCCAUAACUGACAAUCAAUCCAAAACAUCAAGAUUUUUUAAACAAUGUUAUUGAACAGAUCUGUGCAAAAGGAUCCCCUGUCUCACUCAGUUUUUGAGAUUGGAUGUUUUGUAUGGAGCUCUUUAAUUAUUAUAAAUUAUUAUGGUAAUAAUUAAAUCGCUAUAACUUUAAUUUUAAUACACAUACUCAGUAGAAAAAAGUUUGUAUCACUUUUAAAGUUACAAAUUAAUUCGCACUUCAUUUUUUAUGUAACUUGAUUUAUUUCUAAGUUUUAUGAAAACUGGUUUUGACAAGGCUGCAAGCAACAUAGUACCUUAAAUUGAUCACUGAACAAUGCUUUUAAUCAAUCAACAUUUUUUUGACACUGUCUUACAUUAUUCUGUCUUAUGUCCUAUUCAUGGAGUGUAGGCUUUAAAAGGGCCUCUAUUAUUUCCCAUACUACAAUAUUUUUUAUUGUUAUGCAAAGUCAUGAUACGUUUUAGCAGUCAGUGAACCAUAAACAAACUGCCUUACAUGAAUCACUCAACAUUCCAUGUCUGUUGUUGAACCAAAUUGUGUUUUCUAUCGGUAAUUUCUUGCUUCAGAGCGUUGUUCGUUUGAAAGUGUCACAAACCAGUGGACACAUUUUAAAAACUUUUUCACAUGAGCUUUGAUACAUGCUCAGUUAGGUUCAAAUAAUAUUAUUUAUUGUGCUACGUGAGUGGCUGUGGAAAUGGUUUGAUCUAAAAGAAUAUUGAGAAGCAAAAUGUCUGACAAGGAGAAGAGUAAUUCACAGGGUGAUUAUACGGUAAAUAAUGUGAUAAUCUAUCAUUAUUGCCUCGGAUCAAUUCAUCUGAUAACUUUCAUAGAAAUGAUAAUAUAUUAUGUUCAUGCCGAAUUUUGGACUUUAUCAUUCAAAUGAAAGUUCAUGAGUAGUUCCUUAAAUUUACACAGUUUGUUUCUGUUAUGUAUGAGGUAAUUUUUUGUGUCAGCCCUGGUUCCGGAGUGUGGGAGUUAAAAACUUUGCUGCAAUGUUCAUCUUUUAUAUUGUCUUCUUUGAUAGGAACAGUAUGUUGCUUGGGUGAACUCACAGCUAAAGAAGAGACCCGGCAGUCGCUUUGUGCGUGAAAUUCCUCGAGAUACUAAAGAUGGAGUUGCUUUGGUUCAGUUGGUUGAAGUUUUAGGUAAGAUCCCUUGAAAAUAGAAUCAAUAAAUACUGCUUAUGUUUUGACAAGAGUAUUAGGAGCAUGAUGACAUGGUGUGUUUUUAAUAAUCUCAUUAAGUAUCACUUGAGUGACCUUUAGGCUUGCUUCAUCAAAUAUUUACCCUCUUACAGUUAUUGCUGAAUCUAAGUUAAUUAAAAGAGGCUUGUCUGUGAUGAACAUUGUAAAGCCCUGUUUAAUCAGGGACAGAAUGCUAACUCAGAUUAUUCUGUGUGUAGCAUAAAAAGUUUAACCAGCAAAAUAUUACCCAGGUUGUAAUCCUUCUUUACUGACUUCACUCAUACCAGAAAAGACCUAAAAAGUUUUAUUUCCAUGUUUCUUUCUUUGUUUUUUAAUGGAAUACACUGUAGGCUAAAAAAGAAUUAAGUUAUAUAUUUCUAUAAUGGCACAAUAAUUUAGUCCAUACAUUGUGUAUUAAUGCACUCUACAGUUUUAUUAUAAUUGCAAUUUGUUUGGUGUGUGCUAAUUAUCUCUCAGAACUAAUUUUAGUAGUGUGGUUUUACAUAUUUGAAGAAUAACCCUAUUGUAUACAAGAUGUUUUGUGGUUUCAUGGUGUUAAAUCUGUCAUUGUGGUGAUUCUGUAAGGUAUUAUUUGUUUAUGACAAACUGUUCCAUGGUUCAUGUCAAGUAUUUAUUUUCUUUUUUCAUAAUUGAUGCAGGCUUAAAAAGAGCGUUGUUAGAAGUUAGUUUAAAAACCACUUUCCAAGAUGUUUUCUUUUAAAUAAAAGUUUUUGUGGCUCGUCAACUGAGUUUGUUUUAGAAAUAAACAGCCAAACAGGUAAGUACGUGUUAGCUGUGUGGGUUUUGCUAUCUCGCUAGCAAAUUCUGUUCUUAACUUGCUAUCUGCUGACCAGUGUCACAUGACUGUAUCAUGGGCUCAAGUGUACAACUCAUUGAGGUGACGUGUUUUUUUAGACUAUCUGCUGACCAGUUAUUGCUUUUUAAUUGAUCAUGGGCUCAGGUCCAAAAUUUUCAUUGUCAAAGGAACUAAACUAUGUCUUGUGGAUGGUUUCGAUCACAUCACCCAGUUCGUUUUUGCUCAUGAACAUGACUUUAAAUUACCUCUUAUGCACGGUCAUUGAAAAUUACUUCCAGUGUUUUUUUUUUUUGUUUCAUUUUAAGAAUAGUACUAAAAAAUACAGGCCAUAUAAUGAAUAACUUAUCAACCUCGUUUGUUCCUCAUUGCAGGGAAAUCUCAGACCAGCCCUUGACCUGCGAGGUCAAUACAUCAUAGCCCAGGUCUGAGAUUUUCCUGUAACGACCUCACUCUCAGUCUCUAAGUAGUAUUUAUUGGAUUAUAAUUCACCUGAUAGAUCGUUAUUCACAAUACCCUCAAACUGAUUGUAAGCUGUCAGAUUAAGCUAAGAUUUUGAGUCCUUACCACUUUUGAUAGUGGUAAGUAAGGAAGGUGGUACAGCAAAUGAUUGUUUAAUAAUACUGGGUCAAACAGACUUUGUAGUAUAACUUGCGUAUAUUAGUCUCAUGGUGUAAUGUGCAUUUGAUCAUAUUUUUAUAUCAAAAUGCACAUUAAAUGUUAUAUAUUAUUAUUAUUCAUUUUUUUGUCUUGGUCCAUAAAAUUCCAAAAUCCAGCCAACUUGAAAGGAAUAACCUAAUGCUUAUAGUCAAUAACACAUAUAUGCUUCUCAGGUUAUGAUUUGUGCUACUUAUGAUGAUAAACUGACUUUACAUGUCUAUUAAUUUGGUUGAUGAAACCAAACUUUUGUGCUUCAUCAUUCACACAGCUACUUUUAUAACUAACCCUUCCUUUGUUUUCAAGCUCCCUGGGCCAAUUUGUAGAAUUUCAAGAAUUUUUAAAAAUCUUUUACAUGUAACUUAACUGUGUGUAACAACAAACCCUCAAAAUAAUUAAUUUAAGACGUGAUUAGUAUUCUCAGAGGUCACAGCAAGGUAGCACCUCUUACAUUAAAAGAAUUCCAGUUAUGUUAAAAUAAUAUGGAUCAAUUUCUCUUAAUUGACAGUAAUUAUGUUGAACCUAUGAUCAGAAGUGUUAUGGUGCCAAGAAUAAUGUACUGUAUCUGUUAGAUGACUACAUGCUUUAUGUUUACAGCUGUUAGUGUAGUAUCAGGUGUAAACAGAAUCUCAAGCUAUGAUAUAUCUAAAUUAUUGGAGACUUUGGGAUCAACACACUGAGUUAAUGUUCUAAAUUAUUAAUUCUGAUUUUUUUCAGCUGGUGAAGCUCUUAAAUUUGAUGAAUCACCAGCAACAUAUGCAUCCAAGAAAGAAAAUGUGGAUCAAGUCUUGCACUUUAUGGCAGCACAGAGAAUUAAAAUGCGGCAGAUCUCCUCUAAAGGUACUGAAUAUUGCACUAAUUUUUCAGAAAUUUGUUGUCUUUGAGAAGAUAUUCAAAACAUACCAUACUAUCCCUCAUGUAAGACCCUAUUUUUCAAUAACCUGUUAGGCUAAAAUUUGGCCACUAGAUUCCUCCUAAACUACAUGUACCACCUUUUUAAUUUGGAACAGGUUCUUUAUUUUUAAAAUUUAUAUAAAAUAAUUUGUACUUUGAAGGAGGACUUCAAACAAAAUUCAUGUGAUCAAAGCAACCUUGUGAUGAGGGAGUGACCCUGCCUAGGGGAAGUAGCGGUAUUUCUAAGUGUAUCAUGCUACAAAAACAGCAGCAGGGUAAUGAUUCGGCCGUGUGGGCUUGCAGGGUUCUCAGAAAGUUGUGAAGUAGAUGGCUGAGUUUUCAAAGUAAGCGGCCAGUCCAGGGAUAUUUUACUUCAAAAAACGCCAUCCGUAAAGAAAUGCCAAGCAGAGUAGCCAGCCGAUACUGACCAAGAAGGCGGUGAUUUUUGCUGGCAGCUGGCUACUAAUGACAACCCUGGGCUUGUGGGCUCAUAUGUUCCUUACCCUACCUUUUUCAAGUAAGUGCGAUCUAAUAAGUGCAGCUGUUAUCGACCAGCGUUUUAAGAAAAAAAAACAUUAGAAGAUUUUCAAGCACUGCGUAGGCCCUAAAAUGGCCUUACAACAUGGCUUUCGGUAGAAAUCCGUCUAAAAUACCUCUUUUAAAGUCAUUUUGUAAAUAAAACCUGUAGAUAUUAUGUGUAGGUUGGAUUUCCUGUUAUAUCCAUGAAUUUGGAUUGGCCCCACAGGUAUGUCCAGAAAUGUUAGUCUUGGGGUUUUUUGUAAUAUAGCAAAGUUUCAUGCUUUAUCAUAAAAGUGAAUUAUUCACUAUAUUUUUGGUCGAUAACAGCUAGACUAAAAUUUAAUCACACUGUGGCAGAUUUAUGGUCCUGCCGAUGAUAAAAUGAUCACAAAACUUCCAUUUUGUUUCAGACAUUGUGGAUGGCAAUGUGAAAGCCACAAUGCGACUGGUACUUGCUUUAGCUGCCCACUUCAAACCUGGGAGUGUGAAGCCAGCAGCACAUCAGAGUGGCAGUGCCCAAUCACCCCAGACUACCAAGCUAACCCGCAGUCCAUCUGCUGCCGCAGCUGCUGCUGAGGCGGCUGCUGCUAUUGGAGAAGCCAGUAGGAAAGCCGCAAGCGCAGGGAGGCACAUACGAAUGCCCUUCAGGCUUAGGUAAUAACAUUAGGGCCAUUUAUAUGAGGAAAAAUAAGAUGCGUCUUACAUAAGACGCAUCUUAACUAAGACGCAAACUGUACCAUUUAUACGAGCAUGUCUUAUCUCAUAAGACGCGUCUUAGCUAAGCCGUGUCUUAUUUUAGACGAAAUGUGCCGUUUAUACGGAAAGUUCGCGUCUUAUGUAAGACGCAUCUUAUUUUUCCUCGUAUAAAUGGCCCUAUUGUUAGAUUUGUUAGCUUUCUUACAGAAUGCAAAGAAAGUCAGUUUUACAGCUUGUCUGAAUGGCAAGAUGUAGCUACCGUGUACUAGCCCGAAAGUCAUUUCGAUUAGUUCAAAUUCUCCAUAAAACUUCACUUGCCUGUCUGGCAAGUUAAGAACAGAAUUUGCUAGUGCGAUAGUAAAAACCACCCGUCUCAGGCUAUUGGACACUAGUUUAUUUGCACACUGUCUUGUGCUAUUUCUUUUUUAAAGAUGUGAUUAGUCAUCUCUGAAAGUUAUUCUCAAGGGAAAAUCCAAAUUAUAAAACUAAAUCUAGAGCACUAUAACAGUCCCUGUCAUCUGAUGGAAUUAUUGUUUGGUACUGUUAGUUUUAGUGAAGAGAGAGAAAUAAAAAGGAACCUAAAAAAAAAACUUGGAUUACAUGUUGGGCUAAGAACCAACAACAAACUCAACUCAGAAGGAAGGAUGGAAGUGAGAAUUGAAACAGCACCAUAGAGCUAAGAGGCAUUUGGCAUAGGACUGGACAUACAGCCAUCUGACUGAACCACCUUUGCUUCCUUGUAUAUUAAAAAAAUAUUUGUUUAUUUAAUGUUUUUGAUGAUUUUAGGAAGCAGCCCAAGGCAACAACCCCUGGAACUCCAAAGUCAGAUCAUCGUGGUUUUGACAUCAGCCCUUCAAAUACUCCAAUUCUUUCUUCUUCACCCCUAAACUCCCCUCUUAAUAGAACACCUAUAAAGAAAGUGAAUCGACAAUCCAGCGCCGAGGUUCGACACGACAAGGACACUGGUUCUGGAGGCUCUAACCAUAGUAGCGGCAGUUCUACUCCUAAGCUUCCUCGACAAGACUCUGACACUCUGCAGUCGAUGUCAGACUCUGAGUCAGUCAUUUCUUUCCAUGCACUUAGUCGGAAUAAUAACACUGGCAUUUUCCCAAAUUUAGAGUUUCUUCGUGAGGUAACUGAAGGGUAUGAUGACAUGGAAGAGGAUACAAGUAAUGUAAAGGAAAUGCUGCUGCACCUACAAAAUUUGGUGAGUUUUAAUGCGUAAAAAGAUGGUCACAAACACCUAGAAAUUGGUUGUAAAAAAAUGACACUUACAGAUUAUUUUUGCCCAAACUCCUACUGUAGGUUACCCUGUAGUCAAAAUUGACUGUAAGCCAACGAAAUGUUGUUUACAAAGUUAAAUGUGAUUUGUGCGAUGCAAAUUAACUUGUAGUGGAACAUAAACAUUUCAUAGCUGGCAAGCAUUUCAUGAAAAAGCACAGGCAGGUGAAUCUUGAUACAAACUUUAAAGUCCUCAAGAAUUGCUGAUGGAAACUUGAGUGUAUUAGAAAUGUUAUUAUCAUUAAUAAAUACACAAUAUUUCUGGCUCCCUUCGUUUACAUUUUUAUUGUCAUUUUUCCAUUGUAAAUUUGCCUUUUUAACACUUUCUUUUUCUACAACAAUUAUAUCCACAAACCAUAUUACUUUCCUAGCUUUGGCUGAUAAUGAUGUCAUUAAAUCAUCAGAUAGUCAAAUUUUUUUUUAUUGUUAAUUUUUGUUUUAAAUUGGGUCAUAGACUGCUUAUAUUAGCAGUUAUUCUGAAUGUUAGCCCCACCCUUACGCUUUACUGAAAUAAUUAUAUAGAGGAUAUUACAACGUGGCGCAAAGAUAUGAAUUUUAUUUUCGAGUGGCAAAACCAUAUUUUAUGAAUGAGUGCAGCGAGUGGGUAAAAUAUUGUUUUUGCCACGAGAAAAUGAAAUUCAUAUCUUCAAGCGGCCAUGUAAUGUUCUUUUUAUUAUAUGGACAAAAAGACAUCGAUAAAAUAAUAGAUUUUUAUUUGCCAAAAAGUAAUUGUGAUGGCUCAAAGUUACAGUACAGCAAUAUAAGACAUUGUUUACUAGAAUCUUGAGAAAUAACACUGAGCUGAACAAGACUCUACAAUAAUAUAAGCAAAGCUUUGAAAAAUGUGUAAGUAAAAUUUGAAAAAUGAUACGUAAUUACCGAAGUUACAUCAUCAAUAAACUCGCUUGUGAGAUUAUGGAAAACAAACCACUCAGCCCCGGAUGUAGUUUUUAUCAGUUUUACGAGUGGUUUAUCUUCCAGUAAAACACUUGUGUCUAUAUAAUGAAAAAAUAUAUUACUACUGAAAGCUUUAAUAUGCAUAUGUUAUUAAUUUUUCUAGUUGUUGAAUGGCAGAGUGGAGGAAGAUGAAAUUCCUGAAGAGUACUGUGGUCUUGAGGGGUCCACAGUGCAGGAACAGCUCACGAUUGUAAGCAGCCGUCUUGAUCAGAGAGAAGCAGAUUAUGAUAGUCUGAAAACAGAACUAAAUAAAACAAAAGAGGAGUGUAUUAAUCUACAAGGUAACUGACAAAUCAGGGUGCAAAGAAAAUCACUUUUACAGCUUUCCAUUCAGGCAAGCGGAAGCUAGCAUUUACUAGCCCAGACGUCAUUUCAACCAGCCCCAAAAGCUUUUUGACACGCAGAAUUAAUUUCACAUUUUUCCUGUUAUUCGAAUUCCUCAUAAAACAUCACUUUUCCCGUCGGGCAAGUUAAAAACAGAAUUCACUAGCCUGAUAGCUAAAUCCACUGGCCCCAGGGCUAUCAGACACAACUUUCUUUGCUCGCUGCAAAUUAAGAAUAUGAUCCCUCACUACCAGGGCUUUUACUAAGAUUUCAAGGGUAGGGAAUUAAACAGUAGAGAGUUUCCUUUGGUUUUACUCUGCUUUUGCUUGCUAUUAAAGUAGUUGGGGGUUAUGCUUGUACAGUACAUACACCUGUAGUAGCCUGGAAACUCCCUGGCCCCCUCCCUUAGUGACAGCCCUGCUUCACAGCAGUUUGCGGCGACAUGUUGCAGCAACAAAUUGCUUUGUGUGUGCUAAAGAAUUUUUGGGGAAAAUCUUCGUCUGCACAACAGAUUUUGUUGCCGCAACAAGUCGCACAAAAUCAAAUCAGACAGAAUUUAUGCUUGUUGCUGGGACAAAAUUCUCUUGUUGAGACAAAGAUUUCCACAACAUUCUCCAGUACGAGUUGUCGCUGCAACAUGUUGCGCAACUUGUUGCAGCAAUUAUCACCCAACCUAAUCACACAGAGCAAUUUGUCACUGCGACGUUUCGCCUAGUGUGUUCCUACCUUAAAUUUUUGCAGGUAUAAAGGCUGGUCUUAUGUCGAGACUCAACCAACAAGAACAAACUAUAAUGCAUCUUCAAUCCGAUACGCUAAAACACGAGUUCAUGCAGCAACAACAUGAAUCAGAAGUAGCACAGUUUAAAUGGCAGCUUGCGGAGAGAGAUAAAGAGGUGUCUUCCCUUAGAAAUGAGCUGAUUCGCCGAGAGAAGACACUGGACAAACAGAGAGCAGAGCUUGAAGAUGCUAUCAGGCACAUAGAAGAGCUAAAGUAUGCACAGGUACUGAGCAAUAGGGUUUGUAGGUGUACUGUGUGUUCUGGUUCAGUUAUUAUUUUUAUCCUUGGCUCAAAUUAAUUUUUAUUUUCCUUUGUUGAUAAUUAGUAACAAAGGGAAGUAAAAUUUGAACCGCCGUAUACUAUAAGAUGUUAUAUUGCGUAAAAAUUGGUCUUUUGUUAUCUUCUUUCAUGUGUGGUUCUAGUAGGAUCCUUGCCCAAGGGACGUGGAUCCACAUGGAUAGUUACAGGCAUACAGUAAAAAAAAGGAAGCUAUAUAAUUGCCUCUUGUAAAUAGCCCUUACACCAACAUGACUAUCACAGAAAUUAAUAAUUGCAAGUGUACUGUAGCAUUGUAAGAUCUGUACUUGAAUAUGCCUGCCCUGUUUGGGCAGCCCUGCCAAAGUAUUUAGAUGACAUUAUAGAAUCUGUACAGAAAAGGGCCCUACGCAUCGUUUUGCCGAACUGUCACUAUGACGACGCCCUAAUUCAAUCUGGCAUCACUGCCCUUUCCCAGAGAAGGGAGAAAGCUUGCAUUAAUUUUAUCAAGCGUGACUGCCUGUCGUCUCCGGUACUCAAGCCAUUAAUUCCUUGUGUGUCAAUUGACAGGCCAUACUGCCUCUGUUCAGGUGAACGUAUUCCGGUCGCCUUGUCCCCAAGACAAAGCGAUUCGCAGAUUUCUGCACCGUUAAGUUUCAAGACCAGUUGUAAUCCUGUGCUUGUUAUUUUUUCUCCGUUAUGUAGUGCUUUUAAUCAUAUUUACAUAAUUAUCUAUUUGAUUGUUUUGUAUUGUAUUGUCUUCUGUUAGUGUCACUGACCUUCCUUAUAAUUCAGCCUUUAGGCUGCGAGAGGGAUAUCAAUAAACUAUUAUUAUUAUUAUUAUUAUUUAUCAUUUUUAUGAAUUGCAGGCAGGACCUAACAGGUUUGUAGAUGACCACAAAAUCAUGGAAUUGCAGCAGAGAAUAAGAGAUCUUCAGGCAAAGCUUGAUUCUGUUGGCAGUUACGAGGUAAGGUGUCAUGUCACCAUGCCAUUGGGUGGGGCAGUCAAGUUGGUUUUUGAGGAGAGGGGAAAAUUGCAGUAUCCAGAGGUAAACCUCUCGAAGCAAGGAAGAGAUCUAACAACUAACUUAACCUACAUGUGGCGUCGAUGCCGAGAUUUGAACCUGGGCCACAUUGAUGAGAGGAGAGUGCUCUCACAACUGCGCCACUCUUUCUCCCCUUGUUCUCCUUGCUUUCAUUGGAUUCUUGGAAAGGUCUGUUAUUGACGGACUUGUUUUAACAAUCAAUCACUUGUUUUAGGCUAGCCUAUCAGCUCGCAUUUCCUCACAGGAUGAAAAAAUGGCAUCAUUAGAGGACAGGAUUUUAAAUCCACAGAGUGUUCAAAGCUCGGCAUUUAUUUCUUACGGAUCAAAAGUAAGUUCUUAUUUUGAAAUAAAUAGUUUUCUUAAUGGAUUUACAAUGUAACAGGUUAGUUUCAUGGAAAAUUUCAACACUUAACAGCUGACAAAACUUAAUGGUAAUCAAUUUCUUUCCUGUGCUGCAUUUUGACAGUGAUGUCAGGGAAAGGUGUUACAAUCAAUUAUUGCAUGUGUCACCCAAAAACUAGCAUUUCUGGGCAAAUCCUUCUAAACUUGACUCAGUUCAUAACAUUACGAACCAAAUCAAAUUUAGAAGGAUUUGUAUGGAGUCAUCAGAGCAUAACUGGGCUAAUAUCUCAGAGACAAUUUGCCCAGAAAUGCUAGUUUCUGCCAAGGACUUGGGAGUCUUUCUUGACCCCCAUCUCACCUAUGAUCACCAUAUUACAUGUGUGGUGUCGUCUUGUUUCGCAAAGCUUUGCCAAAUAAAUAGAGUCAAAAGGAGCUUCGACAGGGAAACACUAGAGUUGUUAAUAACGUCACUAGUCUUUAGUAAGAUGCUUUACUGCUCAUCUGUAUGGUCAAAUACUACACUCCAGAAUAUAAACAGAUUACAAUCUAUUCAGAAUUUUGCCAGCAAGAUCAUAACAAACUCUAGGAAGUUUGACCACGUAACACCUUUGCUUCGAGAGCUAAACUGGCUUCCUGUUAAAGAACAAUUAUUCUACAGAGACUCCGUUUUGACCUUUAAAUGUCAGAAUGAUGUUACUAUUAAAGUUAUUAUUUAUUUAUUUAAGUAAGCCUCGUGGAUGUUGUUCUUUCAGAAUAUCCUGACAAAUCCCAUAAUUUCGCAAAUUUAAUUUUUAUGACAUCAUCACUUUAGAACUCUAUUCAUUUGACACUAUUUUAAUUGUACAUUUUCCAGACUAUGUAUUCAUCUGUUAAGAUACAAAUUAUACUUACAAAUAAUAAUGUCAAUAUUAUAAUCUAUAUUAAUAAUAUUAAUUUCAAACAUUAGACUCAGCCGUUAAGUAUCUGUGCUUAAAAUUGUUUUGACAGAGAUCAGAGGAAAUGGAGGUAGUGCGUGAAGCCAUAGAAAGUCUACGAAGCUGUUUUAGACCACACGACUCUCAUCAUCACACACUCGAUACACUAGAACAGGUAAUGUAUGACAGCUUUUUUGUUACAACCAAUGAAAUUUCAAAGCCACCAUUGAAAAUGGGCUGACAUUUUUUUUCUUUCUUGUAGAGUAUUUAUGCAGUCCAGUCCUCAACAAAUCAGCCGUUCCACUAUUUGAAUUCUGAUCCCGAAACCAGUAAUAUAAAGGCAAGGACAGAGUAUUUACUUAUGCCAUUUUCAUGAGUGGUAAUUUACAUGUUUAAACAGGUCUAAAAACUCUUAAAAAAUUGUUCUCAAACUCAUUAAUAAUUCAUAAAGAAAAUUCAAAGGAAAUUAAUGUUUAAUGAGUGUUUGGAUAUCAGAUGAAAAACUGGUCAUUUUUGUAUACUUAAUUUCUCUUUCAAAAAUGAUUUUGUUUGACAUCACCAGAUGUUUAAACAGGUCAUCUGGUGAAAAACACUGCUUAAAAAUAUAUUACUUAUAACAUGGUCAGGUUGACGGUGUGGCCUUAUCUUUUUUCAGGGAGUAAAUGGAUUUGAUCAUAGUAAUGGAUACAAUAGUAAAACACCAGCAUCUUCUAGAACUCCAGGUAGUAUAAUAUGCUUAUUCCUUGGCUUUGCAGAGUGAGGUUAUAAAUUGGCCAAAAAUUGUUUUGCACAUGUGUAGCUUGAGUCACCUAACCCAUUUACUGGUAUGCAUAUUGUGGGUUGGCAUCUGUAGUUGCUUAGCAACAAAGCCAUCAGAAUUCAAAACCACAAGAAACUUGUUUGGCUGUUUCUUCGGCCAUUUUAGCAAUUAAGAAAUGCUUUACGUGAUGAUGAAAAAUUGAACAUUAUUUUGCUAGAUCAUGACACAUUCUAGGCUUCUGAUCAGAGUUGUCGUAAAGAGCCGUAACCCACAACACCUGUUACGGCUGAGCUUGAUCACUUUAUGUUACAGGCGAUCAAAGUGGAAAGCUAAAGGUGGCCCUAGAGAUUUUUGUGAGAUGUUCCAGAUGAAUCUUCAUUUGCUAUGGCGGCUUCAAAACUUAAUGACAGCCCUACUGAUUACGACUCCGACUCCAUCACUAGUGAAAACCAGCCUUUAAACCCAUGUCUAGUAGAUACCAGCAGCGGUAUAAUAUGAUAAUCUCUGGUCAUCUAAAUAGCCCCACUUAUCAUGGUUUUUUUUAUUAUUAAUAUGGUUCCAUUGGGAAUCAAUCCUGGGCCUUAAUGGCUCAGAGUCUUGGUGCAGGUGGUGUGACCAAUUUUGUAUGAGUUGUUGUUGUUGUUGUUGUUGUUGUUGUUGUUGUUAACCCCCCAUCAUGAUUUUUUAUGUGCCAGAAUAAAUCCCUGGUACCCAACCAGUAUCAUAAUUUUUUUUUUAACCCAUCAGAUAAGAUAAAUGACUUUAAUUUGGUUACAGGAGGUGCUACUUCUGGAACAUCAGGAAUCAGCACCAAAGUACUGUACUUUACAGAGAAAACUGUUACACCUUUUCUUACAUCCAUUCCCAGAAGGUGAGUGUAGUAGAGCCCUGUGAAUGCAAUGGUUAGUAGAGGCAGCGUGGCCAAGUGGUUAGAGUGCUAGACUUGUAAUCCGGAAGCCCCAAGUUCAAGUGCCGCUCUGACUUCUAGCUGGAUUUGUUCUUUGAAGUCCCGCGUUCAAAUCCUCAGCCAUGCUUGUAAAUAGCCAACUGGUUCGCCUCCCACCAUUUGAAAUUCUUAAACAUAUGUUCUAUUUGAAUUAUGGUUUCAUUAUCCCUGAAAAAGCCCGAUAAGGGGAGUGGAUAAUUAAGUACUUAUUAUUAUUGUUAUUAUGGUUUCUUACAGUGCAACUACUGGAACUGGGGCACUUGAAAGAAGAUUAUCCAAUCACAACGUUUUUUGAAAACAGAAGAUUCUCAAGUUUUUUUAAAUGUGAACAGACCAAUAAAAAUCAAGGGAAAACUAUGCAACCGAUAAAAAUUUUUAAAACCAUUGAACUUACCUGACUUCUCAGAAAACAGCCCUCAAAUUUAUGAUUAUUAUUGGUCCGUUUGCAAAAACAACUUGAGAAUCUUUUGUUUUUGGUUGGAUAAUCUUCUUCCAAGUGCCACCAUUCAAGAAGUCGCACCUAGCUGUGUGAAGUAAAAACAUGCUUGUUUAGUCUACCAGUCAAAAUCCCUAUUAAAUAAAUUCCCAUCAGAGUGUGUUAGUACAAGUGGGUUGUGGUGAACCAAAAGCUCUUCUUCCAGUGUUCAAGUUGUACUAUGGGGCUUACUGACUGAGAGUACUUUCUUCUGGAUUUCAGAUUGGGAGAAAUAACUUUAGGGGAUUUUAAGGAGGCUAUUGACAGACCGGGAAUGUUUCGCUAUCACUUCAAAGCAUUAGACCCUGAAUUUGGAACUGUCAAAGAAGAGGUGUGUACAUGUUCACACUUUAACUAUUAACUGUUUUUUUGCAUGAUGAAAUCAGGACUAGUACCUUCUCUGACAAAAAAGGAAUGGUGUGGAUCACAGUCACACAGUCAUACUCAGAAAAAAGCUGUAGUUUGACAAUUUUUUUUGCAUAGAUCUGAGAAGAAAAUAAAAUGUUGUCUCUGUUCUAGCUAAUUAUUUUUUAUCUCAGGUAAUCUGAAGUUUUCCUGUUUCAACUUCAUUAGAAUACUUUACCAUACCCCCAAACAAAAGAAAACAAACAUUACCUGAUAUAAAAAAUAACUACAUCUCCCACACGAAUUAAACUAAUAGUUUCUUAGAUCUGUCUAUGCAGUAUUUUAGUGUGAUUACAUGUAUAUUAUUUUAUUAACAUCACAACAUAGUCAAGAACAUUUUCAGUGCUUCAAGCCCAACUUUUUUUAGAAGAUAUAGUAUUUAAUGGUCUCCAGACAUAUAUAAAAUACCAGUGGUCAGAAAAAUAAAAUACAUGAAAGUUUUGAAAGAAUUAGGUAAAUUGACUGCCCAACCAUCAAAAAUACAUCCAGGGGUGCACAUGACAUCUCAAGGCUUUUUAUUUAAUACCUUGGCAACUGGGGUGAAUUAUAAAGAAAACAAAGCGAAAAUUAUUUCUCUGCAUGCAAAAUGUUGAUCUCUCAUAUGCUUUAGAAUGACCAUAAACAUGAUUAAGAAGAGCGCUAUGACUUAGCCGAUACUUUCGCUGCAAUGAUGACCAUGGUUGCAGCGUGGAGUGCUUGUUUCAAAUGCAUAUGGCAAUUAUUCGUGAUAGAAGAUGACUAUUUAUUACAGGUUAUUGACGACAGUGACUUGGUGCCUGGCUGGGAAGGAAAAAUUGUGGCUUGGGUCGAAGAUGAUACGGGACAAAAGCUUUUGAGUAAUCAAGAACAAAAUAUGUCAUAAUGAGGAUUACAUUCAAAUUACUAAUUUUAAUUAUUAGCUAUAAAUAAUGUUAUUGUUUGUUAGAUAUAUUAUAAUGAUGUGUACAAAGCCUGCACAAGACAGAUGUAUAGCAAAAGAGGUACCUUUGUGGUGAACCUUCCGACAUGGGGUUUUAAACUCCCUAGAUGAUGUGAAUAAAGAAGUAGUAUGUUUGGAAAUAGGUCUCACCUUCUCAGCAACAGAGAGUUUUAGAUUUGAGGAUGAGAAAGAGUGGGAAUACGAGAUUUAACUUAGAGUUUUUGCAUGUGUUCUCAACAAAGCGAUGCCCCGGAAAGCUUCAUUUCACUUUUUUUUACCAAAAAAAUUAGUACAGUUAUAAUAUUUACACUGAAGGAGGUGAAGCCCUCUCCCAAUAGCAAAAUUAUAAAUCCUCUUACAUUUCAUAACUCGUUCCCACCACAUUCUCACUAAAACUUGUAGUAGAAUGAUAACUGCUAUCACAUUUUUCUGCCAAAGUGACACUAAUUCAUGUGAAAAAUACUCAUACAGUCAAACCUCAUAUUCGUAAACAUCCAUCUCAAAAUCAAAGGGUCUCUGUUCAUCCAGUUCUCAAGUAUUGGAUUUGGGUGGUUUAAAUAAUAGUACCACUAGAGGGUCUUUUCAGUCAAAGUCAGGACUCAUCUAUGCAAGUUUACUGGAGUGCAAAAGGUGUAUUUUCAUAAGAAAAGAGUUCAAUUCCUUGUUUAUGUUCAUACUGUUGUAACUGCCAUCUUUGAUUUCAUUGUUUUGGAACAUUAGGGAACCCCCGUGACGUUUUUGAGUCAAACCUCCAAUUCAACCAGCCAAAAUUUUUGAGCUUCUAACAUGGGAGGUGGUUGAGCAAAACAUUAGAACCCCUGAGGGUCUCUUCCGAGUCAAGGUCAGGACUCACCUACUUUUGGGAGAUAAUUUUUAUUGCAUGCAAUAUGUUUAGUUCCAUGUUCUCACUAAAAGUUCUUUGUAUAUUGGGAGCAGCAUUGUAAAUACAGCAAACAUAGAUAUCACACCAUGCAUCAAGUGAUAACUUACAAGAGGUUAAACGCAAGAGAAAAUAAUAAAAAUGUCAGCCCCCCAAAGUGGUUGUGAUUGCAUACAGGAGGUGGUCAUUUAUAAGAGUUUCAAGUGCAAGGCAUUGACAGGGAAAAAUCUGGUGUUUUGGGUAGUGGGGUCACUUAUGUUAGGUGGUCGCAUAUGGAGGUUUGACUGUAUUAAGUUGUUUAUUGUCAUCAGUUUCAGGACUUUGCUCCAGCAGAUGCCAGUGACCCUUAGCUCCUUACUUUUUUGCUCUUGGGUGACUAGGAAAUGUUAUUUUUUGUUUUCCAUAAGAAAACAUCUGCGAAGUCAUUUGUGGGAGAUAAUAACGAGCUAAGCUAACAACGAUUGAGACGUCAACGAGAAUGGCAAAAACGCAAUAGGUCUAGGUAAACAAAACAACAACUCCGCAUGUGCAUCAUGCUUUUUUGUACAUUUCUUUGCCGUCACUACACGACUAGAACAUAAAAUGCCUGAUUUCAUGUUUUGUGGAGAGUGUGAACACAAGACAACUUUA